GGUAGCUGCUCUACGUGUACAUGCCGUGAGUGGACGCAACUGGUGCCUGGUAUUGCCGGUCUGGCUGCUCGGUAUGGUUCCCGUGGGCACCAAUAUAAUCUCAUUGACUCUGUCGGGUUCUACGCACUAAUUGAGCUUUGCAGGGUGGUUAUCAUCAGUCGAACAUCCGUGGUUGUCUCGGAAAUCCUUGUGGUUGGAGCGACCUGGUACUACAUUAGCCAUACGAGCUCUGUGAGAACACAGCUCGUGCAUGAUGUGUGGGGCGCAAGGCCCAAUCUCACAACUGUCAUGUUCCGAGAUGGUGAGAUGUCGAACAUCUUAAUUUCCCGCUUCCUCAUCUGCAUCCGCGAAGCUGCAGAACGCUCAACGCAGGCAUUCAGUUCCCAGUCUCUAUCGUUCAUCGAUUCGCAAGGCGACUCCAACCCACAACCGUGGCUUUCUAGUGUAGAGUUCGCCGCCGACAUCGCCAAUCCCUCUGUAGGGGAUAACAGUGAUGCGGACGCUUUCCCCGGUCUCGAAGAUGACUUGGAUCCAAGAGGCCAAUAUGAUGCGAGCGAGGGAAGAGGUGACGAAAUAGAACUAGAGGAGUACACGGUGUCUGUCGAAAGAUUAGUAGUGUUGGCUCGUGGUGCCUAG